AUGACACCGCAGGCGGAAGCGAACUCGCCUCCGCCACCACCAACAGGAAACCCAGACCUCUUCUCAAGGCCGCGGCCACGGCCACCCAGGUCGCCCUCCCAGGCUGCCAAAAUACGAGUGCAGAACAGGCGGCGACAGUACUUGGAGAACAACCCGGACUACCUGUCCUCGACAGAUAACCAACUUGCUGACCCUGAGCUUUACGACACCCUGGUGAGGAAGUUCCAGACGCCCUCCGAGCGCGAGGCAGAGGUCCGCGCCAGGGGCUGGGGCAAGGUCCUCGAGUCGUCCCUGAUGCGCGGCGAGGACCGCCUGGACAGGGUUGCCUCGUCGCUGGCGGGCGACAGGUCGAGACCGAGAGGGCCCCAGCCAUCCUCGUCAUCCUCGUCCCGCGGGGCAUUACCUCCCACGACGGGUGACAGGCAAGGACCUGCCGACACAGCCGCGGCGGCAGCAAACUUCACCAUAGACGCGGACCUGGCUGAGUCCGGGCCCGCGACCAAGGAGGAGGGCCGCGCCGCGUGGGAGGACUUCCUGCGGGAGCGGUUCGUGCGCGGCGGGGACGAUGACUUCGAUUAUGGCCCCGUGGACGCGGACGAGUGGCUUGAUGAGCUGGAGUGCCGGGACCGGGAGGAGGAGUGGUUUGAUGGGGAGGAGCCGGAGUGGGCUAGCGACGGAAGUGAAGGCAGUUCUGGGAGUGCUGGGGUUGUUGGUCCGGAUGGGGAUCCGGGCAGGAGGAAGGGACCAAGGGAGAGGGUGUUGACUGGGCAGACUGGGGUGCAGGAUUACUGA